AUGGGAGAUGACACGGGAAACGGCAGAAAUUUUUUCUUUCAGGGCAAUUGGCCCAUCUUUUCCCCUCAAUCACCCCAAGGGAACCAUCUAAUGCCCGGUUUUUACCCCUAUGCUACCUCAUCGCACUAUGCUCCAUCCUCUCCGCACUCGCCAGUUUCGACUUCGAGAAGUAUCAGUCCAACUGAUGGGCUGCAUCUAGACAUGAGCUUUCUCCCGGACGGAUUACUGAACGAUAUGGCGGGUGGGCAUAUGGCAAACAAUGGCAUACAGGGCAUACCUGUGGACGAAGAUAACCCAUUGUCCCUGGUAGUCCCUGCUAUCUCUCAAGCGCAGGGUGGCAUGCACGCCAAUCAUCUCGAUCCUAUUCUGUCUCAACUUGCGACUGCAGUUGAAACGAAACUGCCACAGCAAGAUGCAGCUCAUCUUUAUCAGAUGAAAGACCUGCUCAGUGCCAGCCACAACAAACUUAUCAGGAUGAUUCAGCACCAGAUUGAUAUCAUAGAGUAUCCAUCUCAUUCGCCCAGUUCGUCUGACUCGCCUGGCAGCCCGCACAAUGGAUACAACUACGUCUGCAAACUCUGCCCCAAUGGAAAGCGCAAAUUUUACACGGAGCGUGGUAACUUCAGGCGUCACGUCUCAGACCAACAUCACUCUGAAUUUCGCUAUCAGUGCGUACAUCCACGAUGCUCCUGGGCAGCAAACAGACGGGACAAGGUUUAUUACCACAUGAGAAACCAGCAUAUGUACCAAGUGUCUCGAGUGCAAAUAGACCAAAAGACAAUUAGACAGAUACCACCACGCCAAUGUGGGCUAUGUCUACAGCCCGUAAACUGCUGGGCGGAGUACUUCAAGUGCGUUGCCAACCAUUGUCGUGUCAAGAAAGUCGGUUCGACCACUUCAAGUGCAAGCCAGAGUAGACGGGGCAGUGAUGAUCGCGGAGGAGGGGGCAAUAACGGACCUGGCUUCGGUGGGAACUUCUUCCCUGGAGGUGGUUUCGGUCAAUUUGAUCCGCACCAGUUCUACCCUGGCAACAAUGGGGGAUUUUCUUCGACUGGUGGCGGUCAGAAUAAUGGCCAUUACGGUAACAGUUUCUCUGGCUACAGGGGCGCUACAAACCGAGAUGAUGAAGAGUUUACCUCAGGCUACUCCUCCGGUGAAGCUGAUGCUGUCUCAGAUAUAGCUCCAUCAUCGUCUUGCUGCUCCAGCGACGUACCACACACGGUGGAAGUUCCUGCCCCAUCUAAUAUCACAAGCCAGCAUUUGGCACUGAUGCAGAUGGCAGACAGAGCUGAAAGCUGCGACUCGGUCUCCCACGGCGAGGAUUGCCCGCCAUCCACACCUGGUGAAACGGAUAUAAGCAACCCGGGCGACAAAGCUUAUCGCCGUAUAUCACGGCCUUCCGGUAGCACGGAUCUAACCCCCAAGCGGGGCUUCCCUCCUAUGGCUGAUGAUAGUUCCGAGAAGCGGUGUCAAGGCUGUGGACACAUUUUCGACGAUUGCGAUAAGUGCCGUCGUCUAAAGGGGACCUCCUUCCAGUGCCACUUGUGCACAGACAGUAGCUGCAAGCUCCACGCUUUUGAGAGAGACCUCAAAGGAAGCAGAGAACCGCAGAGCUCCAGGCAGGCAAUUGAUGAAGGUGAUAUAGGUGUUCUUGCGCACCCACUCUGGGCUGAUCAUUGUUCCCUGUCGCCAAGUGAGCACCCUCUGGAGUCUCCGUCCCUCGGUGAUUAUGAUCGGCAUACAAAGCCCGAAGAAUGCUAUCAUCUAGGAGCUCGAGUAUCAUCGGGUGGCCAUACCCUUGGCUUGGGAGCUUCCAAUGAUGGGGAAGUACAUUCUGGCAGCCCUGGUUCUCUUAGUCGGGAUUCGCCUGUUGGCUCUGAGCGAGAAGAAGUCGAAGCUGCUCAUGGAUAUGGAAGCGGUAAGCUCAUGAUGACCAAGGAGUUGAAACAAACACUCGAUAUAUUGUCUGUUGCGGAGUCGACAUAUCAGUCGUACGAAAUCCUCUCAUUCUGUGUCCUGAGUGCAGUGCAAGAGUUCUUCGACCAGAUGUUUGUCUCUUGGCUCGUCUGCGAGGCCGCCCUCCUAAAAUCAGUGUCAUUGUCGUACUGUAUCGGUGGAAAGGGCAUUUCCUGGGAACGAACCGAGUCCGCCAUUAGUCGGCGCUACGUACCCUAUCCAUGGGAAAGGAUAUGUUACCAAUCCACAGCUAGACAAAUUCCGCGGAGAAAGCAUUCACUGCUGCGAACGAAGCUCCAAGUGAUCUCCGGGGUCCUCAUCCUGCGUGCCACUGUUAUGAAGAGGAAGCCAUUGAUGACUUCAUCUCCAGACACUUCCGCGGAAGAUUCCGAGCCUAGAAAGGUAGGAACUGAGCUCCAGGUAAUUGAACCAGGUAUCCAUGCGGGCCCAUCUUUCGAAGUGAUGUUCAGCCGAGGCACAGAGGUGGUAGCGGACGCAUUCUCCAGCUUGAUCACCGGCGUCAUGUCUGCAACAGAAGAAGAGAUGGAAUACUUCAAGCCCCUAUCCGCGCAUAUUUCGAACCUCUUCAUGAGGGGAUCGUGGCUCGGAGACGAGAGCCUGACUGAGUGA